AUGCUGGCGAUAAAUGCAUUUAAAAUACAAUUUAAUACAAAUAUAGAGUUUAUAUUUUCUGAUUAUGAAGUUGAUGUGAUUCCUAGCCCUAUAAGAAAUGUACUGGACCGACUUGGAUAG